CUCCUCAUGUUCGAGGAGCCCGAGUGGGCCGAGGAGGCCCCAGUAGCCGCCGCCCCCGAACCCGCAGCAUCACGCCCUCGGCCCGCGGCAGCUUUGCAAAGCAAGGGUUCCAAGCACCACCAGCUCUUGGCUACCUUACGGGCCCUGGAGGCUGCAUCUCUUCCCCAGCAAACUCCCAGCAUACCUGACAGUGACUCUGAAGAGGAGGAACUAGAAAGGAGAAAGAAGCAGCCCAAAAAGAUUUUGUUUGCCAGUGCAUCUGCUGAAGUAGAGGAGAAAAAAAAUAAGAAACGUAGAAAACGGGCUCUGUUUGGGAGUGACUCUGAGGACAAGGAAGGGGAAAGGAAGGAAAAAAGCUGCAAACAGGCUCUUCUUGGUAGUGAUUCUGUUGAAGAUAAGAAGAGAAAGAGGAAACAUCAGAAACAGGCCCCUUCAACCCUGCAACUAGAACAUGUUGAUCAAACAGGUCCCAAAGCCCAGAAGAGUAGUGCCACAAAUGACUCAAAUAAGCCAUGCCCUGGUUCUCCCUCCCCUCAACUGCUCCAUACCUUGAGUCGCAAGCAGUGGCGGAACCGGCAGAAGAACAAGCGGCGACACAAAAACAAGUUUCGGCCACCUGAACUACCAGCCCAGGUUCCAGCCCCCACAGAGGAGACUGAGGUGCCUCCUACCCCUCGGCCAGAUAGCCUCAAGGCUCGUGCAGAGGCCCUGCGAGCCCGCAUGGCACAACGGCUGGAUGGUGCCCGAUUUCGCUACCUCAAUGAACAGUUGUACACACAGCCCAGCAGUGCUGCACAGCAUCUCUUCCAGGAAGACCCAGAGGCCUUUCUCCUCUAUCACCGUGGCUUCCAGAGCCAGGUCAAGAAGUGGCCACUGCAGCCUGUGGACCGAAUCAUUAAGGAUCUUCGCCAUCGGCCUGCAUCCCUGGUAGUGGCUGACUUUGGCUGUGGGGACUGCCGCCUGGCUUCAAGCAUCCGAAACACUGUACACUGCUUUGAUUUGGCUUCUCUGGAUCCCAGAGUCACUGUGUGUGACAUGGCACAGGUGCCACUGGAAGAUGAGUCUGUGGAUGUGGCUGUGUUCUGCCUGUCAUUGAUGGGAACUAACAUCAGGGAUUUCCUAGUGGAGGCAAAUCGGGUACUUAAGCCAGGGGGUCUUCUUAAAUUGGCUGAAGUCAGCAGCCGAUUUGAAGAUAUUCGGGCCUUUUUGAGUGCUGUGUCCAAGUUGGGUUUUAAGAGCAUCUCCAAGGACCUGACCAACAGCCACUUCUUUUUGUUUGACUUCCAAAAGACUGGACCCCCUCGAGUGGGGCCCAAAGCCGAACUCUCAGGCCUGAAGCUUCAACCAUGUCUCUACAAGCGCAGGUGA